UUAUUUACGUUUUAGACGGUAAAAGAAUUUCCGAAGACACAACGUGCUAAUUUGUUUUUUUUUUAUAUAUAUUUAAAUAACAAAUUUGUAGAUAAGAUUAUGAAAUAAUUGAAAGUAUAAUUUUUGUUUGUUUGUAAAAUGGAUGAAGAUAUUCAAGAAAUCGAGGAGGAAAAUUCCUUUUUUGUUCCUAAUUAUAAAGAUGCCUCAUCUUAUACCCAGGAUGUCUUGCGUGCAAUAUUGACAGCUACAAAAUCAGCAAAUGAUUUGCCAUCUGCAGGAGAUGAUUUUGAUUGCUACAACUGUUAUCCUGGUUUUCGAGAAGUUCUGUUUCAUGAAAGAAAAUCAAUUCUAUCACUGAUGACUGCUAUUAUCCAAAGUCAUGGUAUGCGAGAAAAAUUCCAAGAUAGAGAAUUAGAAGAAAAGUUUGAUUUACUGGUUGAAGCCAAUGAUACCAUUCUUGAAAAUGUGAGUAUUUAUUUGGAUGAAGCUUCGGGACCAAAGAAGUCAGAGGAAGAGCUUGUUUUAGCAGUAAAGCCAACUAGUGCUAUCAACACAAGUUGGAAUAAAAAACAAUUCAGUUCUACUAGUCCUCAGAGUUACAAACUUUUAACAGCAAAAAAUGUUUCUCGACCUCAGUUGUCUUUUAAGGAUAAAGUGGAUAAUUCUAAUUCAUCAUUUAUUCCUAUCAUUAGAGAAAAACCUCAUUCCAUCAAACCUCUUGCUAUAACAUAUGAGGCUGAUAAAGAUGAAUUUUGCCACCCAUAUGAAUGGGAAAUCGAAAAAUUUCAACCACAAGAAGAGAUUUUACAAGAAGUUGAACCUGUAUUGCCCAAGCCUCUUGAUGAAACUCCACUUGUUAUUGUCAAAACAGAAGAGCAAUUAAAGAAAAUAUGUGAUGAUUUGAGUAAGGUGAAAGAAAUUGCUGUUGAUUUAGAGCAUCAUGCUUACCGGAGCUUUCAAGGUUUUACUUGUUUGAUGCAAAUAUCUACUCGAGAGACGGAUUACAUUGUAGAUACCUUAGAACUGAGAAGUGAAAUGUAUAUAUUAAAUGAAGUGUUUGCUAAUCCAAAAAUAGUAAAGGUACUGCAUGGAGCUGAUAUGGAUAUAUUAUGGUUACAAAGAGACUUUGGAAUAUAUAUUGUUAACUUAUUUGACACUGGACAAGCUGCUCGAGUGCUUCAUUUUGCACACUUAUCUCUUGCAUAUUUGUUAAAGCAUUAUUGCAAAUUUGAUAUGGACAAGCGCUUUCAGCUUGCUGAUUGGAGAAUAAGACCAUUACCUGCAGAAAUGAUUAAAUAUGCCAGAGAGGAUACUCACUAUUUGCUGUAUGUAUAUGAUUGUUUGAAGAAUGAUUUAUUAAAAGCUGGUAAUGACAUGAAAAAUUUACUGCAAUCAACUUUUGAUAGAAGUAAAGUUAUAUGUGCGAAGAAAUAUCAAAAACCACUUUUUGAUGAUGAUAAAUACCUUGAAUUAUACAAGAAAAGUAAAAAAAUAUUCAAUGCCAAGCAGUUAUAUUGUCUAAAGGAGCUGUUUGAGUGGCGAGAUAGGAUUGCUAGAGAAAAUGAUGAGAGUAUUGGAUAUGUUUUGCCCAAUCAUAUGAUGUUGCAAAUUGCUGAAGCCCUUCCUAGAGAACAACAAGGUAUCUUAGCAUGUUGCAAUCCUAUCCCACCAUUGGUGAAACAACAAUUAAAUGAGCUACAUUCUAUAAUAUUGAGGGCGAAUGAGUCUUCUUUAAAGCAGUUGGAACAACUAGAACUCCAACAAAAAGCUCAAGUUCAAAAAAAAAUCAAUCAUCAAAUUGACCUCAGUAGUUUUAUUCAUUGCCCUCAUGAUAUUCAUCAUUUAGAAGACAAGAAGGUUAAAUCAGCUGACCAGUCAGGAAAUGCUGAGAAUUUACUUCCUCUUAUCACAAAAAAGCAUUCUUCAUCUUCUUUGUUAAAGGAGAAACCUAUUCUUUCUGUACUUUUUGAAAAGUCUUCAAAACAAAUAUCUUCUAAUAUGGAGCAGAAAAUUCCUGAAACAGUUGUAAAUUCACUUAAGCAAUUAAUUAGUCCUUAUGAAAGAUAUAAAAUAACUGAGAAAAUACAGUGUAAAGACUCUUCAGCCAAAAACGCAGAAACUAAAAAAGUUGUUGCAGAAAAGGAAGAUAACAAUUCUGAAGUGACAGUUCAAAAUGAACAUGUAAAUAAUACAGAAGAUGGGGGUAGAAAUUCUAAAACCAGUGAAAAAGAAACUAUUUCUGGUGAACUUUCAACAGCUGAGGCAUCUUUCAAUGAGACACAAUCAACUCCUUUAAGAAAAAAGAAAAAGAAUAAAAAGCGCAAACAUGAGCCUGAUGUGUCACUUGCGGUUACACCAAAAGAAAAAUUUCCACCGAGUAAAAAAUCUCGCACACCUGAAGUCACAACAAUAGAUGAUGAAAGUUUCACACCGUAUGAUUACAGCAAAUCAGAUUUUAGUCAGUUUUCAGGAAAGAAGAAGCCAAAACACAAAACACCUCAAGGAAAAAAAGAGGCUGGAAAAGGUUAUUUUGGUAGGAAGAGAAAGAAUUCUAAGCAAGCUACAUUUGCACAAGGAUCUGGAAAUGACCAUAAGCUAAAAUGGCCCAAAAAUAAAUAAUACUGUACAUAA